AUGAAUACAGAAGCUUCGUUCAAUGCAAUUACUCCUCCAAAUUAUCAAGGAUGGGCUAUUAGAAUGGAAGCCUAUCUUGAUGCUAUUGAUGUGUGGAAAGCUGUAGAACAGGAAUAUGAAAUUCCUCCCUUACCAAACAAUCCAACUAUGGCUCAGAUCAAAAAUCACAAAGAUCGGAAGCAGCAAAAAUCCAAAGCUAGAGCUAGCUUGUUUUCAGAGUAUGAAGGAGACGAAAAGGUCAGAGGUGUGAAAGAAUUGAAUUUAUGCAGAGAAUUUGAGUUGGAAAAGAUGAAAGAAUCAGAGACGAUCAAGGAAUAUUCUGAUAGACUGCUUGGCAUUGUCAACAACGUAAGACUCCUUAGCACUGAUUUCUCUAAUUCUAGGAUUGUGCAAAAACUCCUCGUCACAAUUCCUAAAAGAUUUAAGACUACAAUCUCAUCUUUGAAAAAUAUGAAGGACCCGUCAACCAUCACCUUGGCAGAAUUCUUGAAUGCUUUGCAGGCGUAG